AGGGGCGGGGUUGAACAUGUUUAGGGAUUUCCUGGUUACAACACAAGAUGAAUGUGGGCGUGGCUCACAGUGAGGUAAACCCCAACACGCGGGUGAUGAACAGCAGAGGGAUCUGGUUGGCCUACCUGUUGUUGGUCACCGUGCUGCACAUCGUCCUGUUGAGCAUCCCUGUCCUCACGGUGCCUCUUGUCUGGACCCUCACAAAUGUCAUCCAUAAUCUGGUGAUGUACUUAUUUCUGCACACGGUAAAGGGCACUCCUUUUGAGACACCAGACCAGGGCAAAGCUCGCCUACUCACACACUGGGAACAGAUGGACUACGGCAUUCAGUUUACAUCCUCACGCAAAUUCCUCACCAUCUCACCCAUUGUGCUGUAUAUUCUUGCCAGUUUCUACACCAAGUACGAUGCCACACAUUUCCUGGUCAAUACAGGCUCUCUACUCAGCGUCCUCCUUCCAAAGCUGCCCCUGUUCCAUGGAGUACGAAUAUUUGGGAUCAAUAGGUACUGACUAACACAGGUGGAUAAUAUCAGAUUUAUAUUCUAUUUAUGUGUACUUGUAAGGUCCAGAGGUGGGAGUGAAUAAGACAUGUUUGGUAACUUCAUGAGCUGUUUGAAGGGCAUUGUUGUUUUUAUUGCACAGUUCAUUUUCGCUCUGUGACUAAAAACAAAGAGCCAAAAUGCACUGAACGCCAAGCUAUAUGAUUAAGAGUUACUGAGUGCCUCUGCUUUAGUUUCAUUUAAUUUAUUUUCGUUAUUUGACAUUCCUGAUGUAUGUGUGCAAUGUGCUUGUAUCCUCAAACCAUUACUUUCUCUUUUGUCAGAUGACAUGUAUUUGACGUUGUUUUCUAGAAAGAGCUAUAUUGUGAACGUCAUCACCUUCAAACCUGAGUCUUUAUAGGAUUACUUGUAUAUGUCCACACAUUGGAAUGUGUGAUUGCAUAGUGUAGGAUAGUGGCAUCCAUAUAAAUAUAAUGUUGGAUGCCAUACAAAUUGAAUGUUGGUAGUCUUUGCAGUGCCUUAAAUGUUUCACUUGGCUGAUACAUUUUUUCCAUUUAGUUUGGUAACAAUCAAUCCAUGUGACAACUCUUAUUGGAGAUCAAUUUCCAUGUGAGCAUUCUCAAUAAAUUAUAGUGUCUAAUAAUAAACUUGCAAUAUCAGGA